AUGCUCUGGGAGCUUUUCGUCGACGAAUGCCUCCAGCUCUUCCAGGUUGCACCUCAGCUGACAUAUUGUGAUUUACAACGUAUAAUCAACGGAAGCGCCAACCACCCCAUCCCCCAAAGGCCCACCGUCGUCUCCUCCCUGAAGCGCCUCUCCAUCGCCAUCUACGAUAUCCCACCAUUUUUGUUGUUCGGUCGGAUUCAGACACCUGCUCUUGAAUAUGUGGACUACUCAUCGAACACCCUCGUCGGUCUCAAAUCUUUGGUCACCCGCUCCGCCUCUCCCUUGCAUUCCCUUUCCCUCUUGGGCGUCGAAUCACAGAUGCAUGACAUCAUCGACCUUCUGCGUGCGACGACCUGGCUCAAGGAGUUGAACAUCGACGAUUGCCCUGUGACCGACGAGUUUAUCGACCUACUCGCCAUAACCGCGUCGAUUCCCUUGCACGAAGUCGCCGAUGGCUUCCUGCCCCAUCUUCAGAAGUUGGAGAUUCGCGUUUUAUGGGCCGAGUUUUCCUGGAAUUCUUUCGCCUCGAUGCUCGCAGCACCGUCGACCUCGGAACCCGAGACUAACCAUCGUAGACCCCUCAGCUCAGUCUCUUUCCAUAUGCCAGUCAACGACGUAGAUCCCUCGAGGUUCAUCAACGAAGAGGCCAUCCUGCGCUUGACCGAGGUGACUGAACGGGGAUUCGAUCUUACCAUUGGAUAUGGUAAUAAAAUUGCCGAUUUGCUCGCAGAAUCGCGCAAGUUUCAUGAAGACCGUCGACGUGAAGCUGAGGGUGCACAGGAGUGA